GAGCGGAGCUCCCGAAAUUCGCCCUCGUGUUCACCGUCGGGUUAACCGCCAUAUCCGCCCGAGAUGCGAGGCUACGCGACGACGCUCCUGUUCCUCGGCUCUCCCGGAGCCUCCCCUCGCUCCAGCGUCCUUUAGGCGAAGGGAAAGAAGAAUUCCUAAGCGGAAGCUGCUAACCCUCCGUCGGGCCGUUCGUUAAACCCGCGACGUGCGCGCGCACCUGCGGCACCGGGUGCCGCCCGGAGUGCCAAGUUCAGGGCCGUGCCAGUCGGCGCUCGCGCCCCGGGGAGAGUGUACGCGAGUGUCGCCCUGUGCCCCGCAGCCCCCGGGAGGCGACGAGCCUCCCCCCGUGGGACCCGCCGGAACCAUGACCGCGGAUCUCUUCGAGACCACCUGCGUCCCCGGCCACCUCGCUCCCACGCCCCAGCGACUCGAGAGGCUCCUCUCCAAGCAGACCCUCGAGGAACUCUACGACGUCGAGGAGCAGCCUUUCGCCAGGGGGAAGUACGCCACGGUGAGGAGAUGCCGAGAGAGGUCCAGCGGCACCCAGUGGGCCGCCAAGUUCCUGAGGAAGCGACGAAGGGCCCAGGAACUUCGAGCCGAGGCACUUCACGAGGUGGCGGUGCUGGACGCCGCCGCUCCCUGUCCAAGGCUCGUCUCCCUUCACCAGGUCUUCGAGACCAGCACCGAGAUGGUCCUCGUCCUCGAGCUGGCUCCCGGAGGUGAACUCCAGAUGGUCCUCGACAGGGACGAGGUCCCGGAGGAGCGACAGGUCGCCAGGCUGCUUCGCCAGAUCCUGGACGGCAUCGCUUGUCUGCACUCCCUGAACGUGGCGCACCUCGAUAUCAAGCCCCAGAACCUGGUUUUGACCGGCGAGUUCCCUGACUGCGACGUCAAGCUCUGCGAUUUUGGGAUUUCCCGGUACAUCAGCCAGGGCGCGGACAUCCGCGAAAUUCUGGGCACGCCUGAUUAUGUCGCCCCAGAAGUCCUGAAUUACGAGCCCAUCAGCCUGGCCACGGACAUGUGGUCCGUCGGUGUCCUCCUCUACGUCCUGCUAACAGGAUGCUCGCCUUUCGGGGGUGACACCAAACAGGAGACCUUCUGCAACAUCAGUCGAUGUCGCCUCGACUUCCCGGACGACCUGUUCGAGGACGUGUCCGAGGAGGCCCGGGAUCUGAUGAGAAAGCUCAUGGUCAAGGACCCAAGUGAAAGGCUGACCGUGACGGAGUGUCUCCAGCACCGGUGGUUCACGAUGUUCGACGACCCGGAGGCCCCUUUGCCGGUCCCAGGACCGACGAAGGAGGAGGUUUCUUCGGAAUCCUCGUCAGGAUCUGCCACGAGUCCGGCGAGGGCGCAGAGUCCGGAGCCAGGGAAGGUCGAGGCGGCGAAAUCGGUCCAGGAGACGAAGACGGCCUCUUCGACGAGUCCUACGACGCCCAGGGCGGUGUCCUCGCACACGGAGAACAUCUACUCGAAGCCGAAGAGCGCCCCGAUGCCGGUGAGGAUCGGGCUGAGUCCGGAUCGACGGGACACCUUCAAGAGGAACAUGGAGAGUCUGGCGAGGAAGUUCUCGGGAGGCGCCGAGAUCGUCGUCCUGGAGGCGACCGGGGUCCAGGGUCCUCAUCAGAGAAGAGCCACCGGGAACCACACGAUGCCUGCCGGGGAGGUCUUCAAGUGCACGCCGGUCUUUAUCCUGGGAGAGGAACAGCAGUGCGACUCGGGCAGCGACACCGUCUCCGAGGUCUCCACCGACAGCUCAAGCGACAGGAGCAGCAUCUACUCGGACGACUCCCUGGACUUCGUCCUCUAUGGGAAGUCCCAGGCCAGGGCGAGCUUCCCGUUCGCCGUGGGGGAGGGCGAGAGGUGGCCCGACCAACGGCGGAGUCUGCAGCAGCAACAGCAGCUGCAACAGCACCAUCGCCAGAGGAUCUGGCCCAGGGAGUGCAGCGGAGUAGUCAGCAAGGCCCUCAGUCGGUUCUCCAGCGAGCCGAAACCCUCCAGCAGAGUCGGACCACCCUCCACCAGCAGGGCCAAGACUGGACUGGAGGCGCUCAGGGAACGGGGGGGCAACCUGGUGGUCAUCAGGGAACCCGUUCGCGCCGGCAGGUACACCAGGUACAGCGAGGUCCAGUGCGAGUCCGUCCAGGCCAGGAUUCGCAGGUUCCAGGUGCAAGGCGCUUCCUAGAGCGAGGCUCGUAGAUAUUGCUGACUCCGAAGAUGCUGGGAGGAGAGAUGAAGACGUUUCCGGCAUGGAGGUGCUCGGAGGAGAUGAUGGACCAUGAUGAACCUUGAUGGAACCUGAUGGUACCCGAUGCACCAUGAUGGACCAUGAAGAAGCACUGGAAGACCAGGAAGCGCCACGAAGAACCGUUCUCCAUCGGACCCCCCGUACUUGUACUUAUCGAGUAGAGUCUUCGGCCUCUCCUCGACGUUCACCGGAAACCGGAAGCUCUCCGGCUUUGUACAUAGAAUGUUGUAUGAUAGCGCGCUCGGGGGUUCCAGAGGGAUCCCCUUCAGAUGAGACCGGGGCGGGGCAAGGAUCUUCCCCGGGUGUUCCUCUCGUUUUUCAAUCUUCCACUUUUUCCUCUCGUUCUCCAGGAUACCGGGGAGAUCCUUCCUCCGCUCUUCCGGUCACUUGGGAGACUGGCGAAUGUCGUGUAAAUAGGACAGGUCGGCCAACCUGGAGAGGUUCCUCGACCUUGUAUAUAGACGUUAGAUUAGGUUAGGGAAAAGGUGCCUGCGUAAGGAUGGGGCGAGUGGGGGGACCGAGAGGAUGCGGAAACGAGGAUGCGUUCUAACGGCAGUCCCGACUGUCUGCCGAUUUUGAUAGACUGAUUACGACCGCGACUCCGGCCGAGUCUCACCCCGGUGGCGGGAAUCUUGAAAAGUCAGGAAAUCUCGAUCUCUUACCCGGGACCAGGGGAUGGUCUUUUGACACUCUUGUCACUCUGAUAUCCCGAUCGCUUAUCAACCCGGUGACACUUGGCAGGAUCCGGUUUCGAGAUCGCUAAUCGAUCACUCGGUGCCUUUGUCGCGAUGACACUCGAGGGGCGAUCAUCGUCUCUCCGACUCACUCGAACGGUUUCUCGCGUUUUCUCCUUUUCUUGGCUUUCCUCCUAUACACGGAGACUCGAGAUAUAUUUCAGAGCUAUUUAUAUACAUAUUUAUAUUUACACGGAUUUUCACGUCGACCGGACUGGGAAAAGGAUGCUUGCGAAGGGGGACGCCUUUCGAGUGAACUCCGAAAAAUUCGGAUUUGAUUUGUUACAAUUCAUCAUUGGAAUUCUUAUCCUCGGCCAGGUCGCUUUGGGGAGAUAAAGUGGAACGUGGGGAAACCGAUGUCCGGCCACCUGGGAAAUUGUCGGAUUUUCCUGGGUCGCCAGUUUUGCACGAAUUUCCGAAAUUCUGCUCACACACUGAUCCACACACACACACACAUGUAUACACGAUUCACAAUUUUCGAAUCGUCGGAUUCGGAAUUUUGAGGACAAGACUCGGAAAGUUUCGAAGUCGUGCCUUAAUCGCGCAUUCGCGAUCCUUAUCGAGCUUGUAAUCCUCUAAUCCAAGAUUCGAGAGUUUAGUACGUAAUCAGCCUACGAGUGUCCUUAAUUAUCUCCAGCGAUUCCACGUGCACCGAAUUUCGUAAUCGUGGGAAAAUUCGUAAGAGUCCCUUCGACGAGGAGGAAAGAAAAAUGAAAUGGUAAAAAAAAAAAUUAAAGGAUUGGUCCUUCGUGCGAAUUCCUACCGAAGAGGAGCGUAUAAGGAAGUGGGAGAUGAUUAUUAGGAAAAAAAAAAAAAGAAAAGAAAAUUAAGAGGGAGAGAGAAAAGUAUGUGCGAGGUGGCGAUAAGGAAUUUCGGGCCAAUCGGUGAUUCUCUCCCUCUGAUUUUUUUAAUUCGAUAAUUCGGGCCCAGCAAGCGAUAAUGAGGUUAUCUAAUUUAUUUUGGAAAAUGCUGCCAAAUUUUCGCGGAGCUCCGGUGCGAGGGGUGGGGUCGGCAAAUCGGCCGUUUCGGAAACGAGAUUUUCUUGAUAUUUCGAUUUUCUUGAGGUACUUUUAAAUGCUAGUCACGAGUUCGUCCCUUUUUCUCUCUCUUUUUUUUUUUUCGUUUUUUCCUUUCGGCCGAUAAGGCGUUGAUAACGCUACGGACACAUUCCCAUUGGCCGAGGUGCCAACGGGAAAUUCGUGUCCGCUCUUUCGACCCAAAAUCGGGAAAGAGGAUGGUAAAGAUAUACGUAAUCAACUUUUUUUUUUUAAUGGUUUUAAUUAACAAAAAUUUCAUCACCUGCGAUCUGAGGUGACUGUACCGAAUUUAUUACGCCGGCGACAUAUCCCGCGAGCUUUUGUAAUUAUUACAAAAGCGUUGAUUAAAUCGGUUAGACUUGUAGUCGACAAUCAUAUCAAAAUGGCUAGUGAUAAGGCUGUGAUGAAUUCAGUACGGGAACGUUGAGAAACGGUGUCGGAUCGAGUCGUCGACCAGUGGUUGAUCGGGAAAAGCUGUGAGGAAAAACCUUAAUCCGUCCCCAGAGAAGGAAAAAAAAAAAGAAAUGAAAAUGCUAGACAAUUUUUACACGGUUUCGCAAAUUGUUCUCUCGAAUGUCUUCGGGAUUUCGCAGGAACUCGCCUCCGAAACUUAAAUUAAAAAAGGGGAAAGGAAAGGCUAUAUUUACAGGGGAUUUUCUCAGGCAUGGAUGCAAGUUUAUUAUGUAUGUAUAUAUAUAAAGAAAAAGGAACACGCACAUAAAACACACAAAUUUACACACACACGAUCGUGGAGACGUCGCGGGAAAUGCGAGGAAAACGCGAGCAAGGGUUCGAUACCAGGCGGAUCGCGGUGUUUCUUCUUUUUCUUCUCUUUUUCUUCUUUCUUUCGUGUAAAAUAUAUACAUAAAUAUAUAUAUAAAUAUAUUUUAUAGCUUCGCUACGUCGCAAUGUCGAGGGGUCGCGCGUCCGGCGAGCUAUUUAUUAACAAUUUCCCCCGUUUAUCGUAAUUUUGCAGAUUCGCCACCUUUUGGUAUUCGUCUCUCGCCUUGCCGGGACAUAAAUGAAUAAAUAAAUAAUCUCCGGCACGGACGUGGCCCGCUCGUCCGAUUGCGGUUAAUUAUUAAUUGUCCUUACAGUUUACUCUGUCCCUAUUAAUUAAACAAAUAUUAUUUACGCUAUUACUGUAACGUUUAUCAUCGAAAAGGAAGACGAUCGCGCAGGCGUGCUGAAAGUACCCCUCGUCACCCCUCCCCGUGUACAUAGCUCUUCAGUUAUUGCAUUAAUAUUAAAUAACGCAUAUGAAAUAAAUAAAUAAAUAAAAACUUGA